UUGGUCAAUUCCUCUGCUUCAAACAACCAACCAUGGAGACUCAAUCUCAAUCAGAAACCAGUGACGAAACCACAAACAUCAAAGAAAUCACCCACCAAAUCUCCUCUCGGAUCCAAACCCUCCACCAUUCCCAGCUCGAACUCAUCUCCACCCUCCAAUACACCGUCCCCGACAUCACCUCUUCCCUCAACCUCCACCUGAAGGUCAUCUCCUCCUUCAAUGGCCGCCCCUUCACCCCUCUCCCCCACCCCCUCCCCACCCCUAACCCCACCUCCAAACGCCGUAUCCAACCACCCCCCAUCACCCCCUCACUCAAAAUCACCAAACUCUUACACCCAGAACCCUUAACAGAAGACCCUUUAACAGAAACUGUUAAUGGGUUGUCUACGGUUAGGGCAAUGGUGGCGGUUUGUUUGCUGGAGAGAGUGCCGUUUACGGAGAUUGAUUCGGUGGAUCUGGUGGGGAAGUUGGAGAGUGAAGGGUUUCAGUCGGUUACGGCGGCGGAGAAGGCGGCGUUGAAGGAGGUGGCCGGUGGGGAUUCGCUGGCGGCGGUGGAGACGGCGUUGAGGUUGAUGGUGGAGGAUAAUGGUGGGGUUCAGUUGGAAGAGGUUAAGGUUAAUGCGAAAGUUAGGGUUUUGGUUAAGGGGAUUGAUAGAGUUAAGUUAGUUAAAGAGUUACCCGAAAAUAAACAAAACGAAUCGAAUUCGAAUAAUUUAAAUAACGCGCAAAGUUUUGGGGGACAGAUGAUGGGGCAGAGAGGUGUGAUGGGUAGGCCGAGAGGGAUGGCGGUUAGUGCGAUGCAUAGGCCGAUGGGGAUGGGGAUGUAUUCGCCUAUGGGCGGGAGUGGCGGCGGUGGUGGUGGUGGGAUGAAUUCGAAGCCGCCUCGGUCGGAGGAGGAUGAUCUUAAGGAUCUUGAAGCGUUGCUUAAUAAGAAGUCGUUUAAGGAGAUGCAGAAGUCGAAAACGGGUGAAGAGUUGUUGGACCUUAUUCAUAGACCUACUGCACGGGAAACUGCGGUUGCUGCAAAGUUCAAAAGUAAAGGUGGUUCUCAAGUUAAGGAAUACUGUACCGCUUUGACAAAAGAAGAUUGCAGACGUCAAACGGGCUCCUUUAUAUCCUGUGAAAAGGUUCAUUUCCGACGUAUAAUUGCUGCGCACACUGAUAUGAACCUCGGUGACUGUUCCUUUCUCGAUACGUGUCGUCACAUGAAGACUUGUAAGUAUGUGCAUUAUGAAUUGGAUUCGACGCCAGAUGUUCCACACAUGAUGAUGGGUGUCCCCGCUCCUUCAAAGCCAUUGAAGCCUCAACGCGCCGAAUAUUGUUCAGAAGUGGAGCUUGGUGAAUCACAGUGGAUUAAUUGCGACAUUCGUAAUUUCAGAAUGGAUAUUUUAGGACAGUAUGGAGUGAUAAUGGCGGACCCACCAUGGGAUAUUCAUAUGGAGUUGCCGUAUGGUACCAUGGCGGAUGAUGAAAUGAGAAACCUCAAUAUUCAAGCGCUGCAGACCGAUGGUCUUAUUUUCCUUUGGGUAACUGGAAGAGCAAUGGAACUUGGACGCGAAUGUUUGGAACUGUGGGGAUACAAGCGUGUCGAGGAGAUUAUAUGGGUGAAGACGAAUCAACUUCAGAGGAUUAUACGAACGGGACGCACAGGUCAUUGGCUCAAUCAUAGCAAGGAACAUUGCCUCGUUGGCAUCAAAGGCGAUCCGAUUGUCAACAGGAAUAUUGAUACUGAUGUCAUUGUUGCUGAGGUUCGAGAAACCAGCCGUAAACCAGACGAGAUGUACCCUUUGUUGGAGAGAAUCAGUCCACGGACACGAAAACUUGAAUUAUUUGCUCGGAUGCACAACACGCAUGCAGGGUGGAUGUCACUUGGUAAUCAACUAAAUGGGGCUCGAUUAGUGGACGAAGGUCUGAGGGCAAGGUUUAAGGCGGCUUACCCUGAGGUUGAAGUGCAACCGCAGUCUCCACCUAGAUCCGCUGCUAUGGAAGUGGAGUCAAGAAGCCCGUUUGCGAGAGGUGAAUCGCAGCCCAUGUCGGCCCAGUUUUCUGAUGUUAGACCUCCAGAGUCAACAACCUAUGCAGCAGCAGGUGAAUCGAAUUCGAGGAAUCUUGAUGUCGAGAUGACAACCGGAUAAUAACAUUUUUGUAUGGUUAGAUAUUUCUUUCGUUGCUAGAACUUAAAAUUAUGCCUGAAAUGUAAUAUUGUUGUGUUCUUAUACGUGAAGAAUGGAUUUUAACAGUUGCAUUUUAGUUAAA